AUGUUCUUUCCCCCCAUCGCCUUCCUCUGUGCCCUCCCUCUCGUCCACUCAGUCGCAGUCCAUCUGCCCCAUGACUCCCAUGAAGCCUCAGGCUCUCUCCCCAGCUCCUGGUUCCACCAACGCGAUCACCCAGUACACGCCCUCUUUAGACGCGCGCCCGGCGAUGGCAAUGAUUAUCCCGCUGUAGGCACCCCGCAAUGGUCUGCUGGGUUCCCCCCAGCCUCAGGCGCCCCCGAUCCGUCCCUUCUCCCCGCGGAGUGGGUCAACGCCCUCAACGCAGCUGUCGCGGCAGGCAGGAUCCCCGACAUUCCAAGGUCCUCCAACACGCCGCAGACCAACCCCGUCUAUCCUCAGGGCGUCAAUCCCAACAGCCCAGAGGUGUGCUCCGCUACCUACAAGUGCCGCAUCCAGAGGACGCCUGGGAUGCCCCCGACGGUGUCUUCGCCUCCUCCUUCGACGACGGUCCUCUGCCUCCUACCCCGGCCCUCGUCGAGUUCCUUGGUCAACACAACCAGAAGACCACCCACUUCAUGA